AUGGCGCAGCGCUCAGGGAAGGAGAGCUUCAGAGACGCCGAGGGCUGCUCUCUGCAAAACGCUCAGAUCUGUGGGACCUCGGAAGCCUUCGGGUGCCCAGGGAGCUGCUGCCCGGUCUGGGUCGGCUCCCUGUGCUCCUGGCUGGAGGGCCGGGCUGCGCUGCGUGGCCCAUUAACCCUUUGCCUCUACGCACCGACUGGCCCAGGCGUGGGUUCCCUGGGGAGCGUGGGGCCCCAGACAUCACCUCCAGAACUGCAUGGUGAGAGGCCCCUGGCCCCAAGCUCUCUGUCCCCACUCCAGAUCACUCUCUAUGAGGGCAAGCAUUUCACAGGGCGGAAGCUGGAGGUCUUCGGGGACUGCGACAACUUCCAGGACCGAGGCUUCAUGAACCGCGUGAACUCCAUCCGUGUGGAGAGUGGCGCCUGGGUCUGCUUCGAUCACCCCGACUUCCGAGGCCAGCAGUUCAUCCUGGAACACGGCGACUACCCCGACUUCUUCCGCUGGAAUGGCCACAAUGACCACAUGGGCUCGUGCCGGCCGGUAGGGAUGCACGGGGAACAUUUCCGCCUGGAAAUCUUCGAGGGCUGCAACUUCACGGGCCAGUGCCUGGAGUUCGUGGAGGACUGCCCGUUCCUGCAGAGCCGGGGCUGGGCCAAGAGCUGCGUCAACGCCAUCAAGGUGUACGGGGACGGAGCGUGGGUCCUGUACGAGGAGCCCAACUACCGUGGCCGCAUGUUCGUGGUGGAGAGGGGCGACUUCCGCAGCUUCUCCGACUGGGAGGCCCACAGCGCCCGCGUGCAGUCGCUCCGCAGGGUGGUCAACUUCUUCUAGCCCAGCGGGUGGGGCGCAGCCCUGGGACGGGAGGGGCCCCACGCAGGCCCUGGGACGUGGCAAUAAAAGUCCGAAAGCC